AUGCGGAUCCACCCACACCCCUGCAUCUCUGAGCGCCAGCAGCUAAGCUUCUCAGUCCUGGGCCCGCUCACUCUGGCUGGGGGUCGCCCUGACAAGCCUGCAGCCUGCUCACUCAAGCCGGGGGGUCGCCCUGACAAGCCUGCAGCCCGCUCAGUGGUGAGAAGGGACUUGCCGUCCCUCUGCUCCUCUGUCUGUGCAUCAGGGCUCGAAGGUCCCCUGGACAGCGCAGCGGCCGCAGCGCUGGGCAGCCUGCCCCGAGCGGCUGACCCCGCAGCGGCUGCCGGGAAGCCGCCCUGGCGCUGUCCUCCCGCGGCCCCGCAGGGCCCAGCAGGGCGCUGCUCUGGCCUUCGCCCUCGCCCUGAGCACUGCCCGCCGCGCUCCACGACGCUGCUCUCUGUGGUGUCCCAGACUGUCCUGUCGGCUGGGGGUCUCCGCAUCCGAAUCUGGUUCGGGCCCGUGUGCAGCCUCGGCCUUUCUGUGGAGUCAGCCACGGGCUCUCCCAUCAACCACACGACCUUCCAGACCCCGGUGGGGGGCCAAGUAGCCAACAUCCACCGGGCCUGUGUCUACUCCUGCCGCCCCGGCUCCCUGCCUGGGGAGAGAGCCGGCUGCAGGCCAGGAGCGGGCCCGCCCGCCCGCGGCUCCGGCUGUCCCGACCCCGGGGAGCUCAGCGGCGGGUGGGGGGAGUUCGAAGGCUUCCAGGAAUCUGCAGCCAGAGCCCAGCAAUUCUCUCUGGCCCUUGAACUCCUGGCGAGACCCACAGAACCUCAGCCACCGAGAACCUCUUCCAGUUCUCACCAGCUGCACCGGGGUGGACCCUGGGCGGCAGGAAGUGCUGCCCGCCCAUCUGCAGAGCCCAUUCUCAGUUAUGAGAAUGUUUUUAGGUCUGCUUUUCAAGAAGUCCCAGUGGAGCAGGCAACGGAAGACAUUUCUACCUUAGACCAUUUCUUAGGAAAAAACAGUGAAGAGAAUCCUGACCUCACAUCUGUGCACAAACUGUGCUGCGAUUCAAGGAGACUCUGGAGAGCUCUUCAGAGCUCCAUCUCCAUGUCCGCCUCCCAGUGCCUGUGGAGGGGCUCCCGCUGCCAGGAGAAUCUCCUCCUCCUCCUCGGCAUAGAUGCUGCUCAGAGUCUUUCUGGAGGCCAGGGUCCCAUUCUAGACGGCUCAGACGUGAGUGAGCCUGAAGACAGGCUGGCGGGCAGCACCUUCCAGCCGCAGCCCUGCAAAGCCCUGAUCCAGACCAAGCUCUCAGGGACAGCAGGACGCAGACGGGGAAGUCUCAUCACCUACAGCUUGUUUCUGAAGACGCCCCCCUCAGGGACAAGCAGCACCCCACAGUGCCACAGAAGAUUUUCUCUCCACGCAACUUGAAAGUGGCGUUCUUUAAUAGUGACAUCUGCUGUAACGGAGCACUUUUUAUCUUUAUGAAGCUUUUUACAUUUUCUUACUGGCUUGGUUUGGUACUAGAAAUCAAGAACUGUUUUGUGGAGCUGCUUCCCAAAUUCACACGUCUCCUUGGACCUGUCAUAGUCCACCCAGACUGAUAAGGGUGUGUGGGAGGUAUGCCUUUCGGAGAGCCAGUCCACAAGCAGAGGGGCAGGGCUCUGUGGCGCACUGCACACUGCAG